CGGGCUGUGGGUGAGUGUUUGCUUGUGACCAGACUGAAGCUGGGGAAGCUAAAGGUGGUGCGGCGGCAGCUGCUGCAAAGGUAUGAACACCAGCCGUUUGUCUCCUGUCUGGCCGGCCUCUAUGGUUGCCAAUGGAGACGAUACCAAAGAGCCCGGGCACAGCCAGGAGAGUGCUGCUGCAGCAAGGUGGAGUGUGGCAGUUUCGGCCUCCUGAUCCUCACCUUCUUCCUGAGUUUUUUAUUCCUCUAUUUCUGGAGUGAAGCUCAAAAUGACUACUUCGACUUUGACUGGUUUAACUUUGGGACUCUGGGCUUCUGGUUUCCCUGGUCUCUGGUCCUGCUGGUCAUUGCUGCUGCUCUCUUCACAUACAUCGCCCUCCUGCUGGUCCUGGCAGUGUGCCUGCUCUCUGAGGGACAGAGGCUGUACCUCCACUGGAGCCACAAGACUGGCAUCGUGGUGGCGUUGGCGUUCUCAGUCACAGCCACCGCCAUCUUGUCCGAUCUCUGGAGCAAAGAAUGGAAGACUCUCCUUCUGUCCCUGCAGGUGACGGCACCUUUCCUCCAUAUGGCUGCAGUGUCACUGAUGGCGAUUCUCUCAUGGCCAAUAGCUUUGCACUUCUUUCGCAUGAACAAGAAAGUGCGUCAGGUGGCUGCUCUGGCUCUCUACCUGUCCGUGCUGUUCUCUCUCUACCUGGUUCCUCUGGGGAUGUACUCGCCCUGCAUCAAAGAGGCAGGGACGCUGGGACCUGCUCCCACACUCAUCGGACACAGAGGAGCUCCAAUGCUUGCUCCAGAGAAUACUAUGAUGUCGUUUGAGAAGGCGGUGGAAGCAGGAGGAGAAGGACUGGAGACCGACAUCACCAUCAGUUAUGAUGGUGUUCCCUUCCUGAUGCAUGACUUCAGUCUGAAGAGAACCACCAAUGUCGCUGAGGUCUUCCCAAACCGAACGCACCUUGACGCCUCCAUGUUCACCUGGGCCGAGCUCCAGCAGCUGAAUGCUGGGAACUGGUUCUUAUCGAGGGACCCCUUUGGCACCGUGUUCUCUCUGUCUGAGCCGGACUGCUCGCGGGCCCAGAACCAGUCUGUGCCCACCCUGGCCCAGUUCCUGGAGGUAGCAGCCCGCAGCAGCAAACUGGUGCUAUUUGACCUGCACAGGCCACCGUACGGACAUCCCUACCAUCAGUCCUACAUCAACACCACUCUGCAGGUGGUGCAGGCCCACAUCAACUCCUCACAGGUGCUGUGGCUGCCUUCUGAGGACAGGGAGCUGGUCCAUGCUGUGGAUCCAGAGCUGCAGCAGACCUCUGGAGAGCAAGCUUCUAUUCAUGAACUGACAGUGGGUCAUAUCACCAGACUGAACCUGCAUUACAGCACCAUGUCCCAACAACAGUUCAGCAAGUACCAAUCGGUGAACGUCAGCACUAACCUGUAUGUGAUCAGUCAGCCAUGGCUCUACACUUUGGCCUGGUGUUCCGGAGCUCAGUCUGUAACCACCAACUCCAUCCACAUCCUGUCCAGCAUCAACAAGCCGCUCUUCCUCAUGACUCAAGAGGAAUACAAUUUGAUGUGGAUUCUGACUGAUGCUGUGUCUGCCCUGCUCAUCAUAGCAGUUUUCAUAUUCCAUUGGUGGAGAGAGAGAGGCCUGCCCUGGUCCGGCAGCCGACAGACUCAUGAGAAUGGAACGUACAGCAAGUUCAGGACAGAGCUGAGUGACGUGUGGUCCAUCUCCAGCGUCAGCGUGCGGCCGGACCUGCGGAGCGCGCCCAGUUCCCCCAGUAACCCCCACCUGCCCACCAUCACUGAGGAGUGAGGGGGUAGAGACAGAGAGCAGAAGGUACAGACAGUGAGAGAGGGAAGAAAAGAACGAGUAAUGAAAAACUUAAAUAUUUACGUCCUGAUAAGGAAGCAUCACAUUGGAAUAAAACAUUCCUGAUUAUUAUUAUUAGAGGUUAACACUGUCAAACCCCCCCACCAAACUGCAUCUAGUUGUUCAGAGUGCGGGCAGCAUGCUGAAAGGAAACAACUCCAUAGAGGGUAUUACAUUGAAACUGUCAUUACAUCUGUGACAGUAACUAUUUCUAACUGAGCCUUUGGUGAUUCACGCUCAGAGAAUCCAGGACAGAGAGAGGAACAGCAGCAGAGCCUUCCUCUCUCCUCUCAGGACUCGGCUGGUCAGGCAGCGGGUGGGGGGGGCUGGAGACCCCCAGUGUCAUAGAGGCCAUCACACAGCCUGGGCAGGGAGGACAGUUGAACUCUACCCAGAGCCUGACAUGCUUUACAACAUUUUCAUCAUUCAACACCACCAGCUGAGCUCAGCAUCGCAAGAAACUCAAGAGAAAGAAGAAGCCAAUGAAUAUACACUGCUGUAGUAAUAAGCGAGUCACUUCACUCUUUCUGUCUCGUGGUUCUAGUUCAAAGAAAAACCACAUGUUUGAAGAAGAAAGCACGGACAGAAGCUGGAGGAGUGAUGGAGUGGAACCCAUGGACAACGUCUGCACAGAGAUCAGCUGCAUCAAAACCAGCCGUAAACCGGUCUCUGGCGUUCUCUGGGUCUGUGAGGGGGGGGGGGGGCACAGUACAUUGUUGGACUGACGGAGUGAAUGUAACCCAGAGGCUUGGGAAGGUAUUGCUAAUAUCUAUUUAUCUUUUGUAUUAGAGUGAAUGUAUUAUAUAGCAGGCCAUGUGUCUCAAAAGCAUGUGGGAAUGUUCCGGCAGGCUUGGCUUCAUGUUUGUGCCAAAGCUGCUCUAAUAAAGAUACUUCUGAGAACUUGUUUAAAGAGGCGAUGAAUACAGCUUCUUUCCCUGGAAUACAGCAGUCUUCUAGAGCAUGACUCUAUAGUCCGUCAGUGCUAUGUUGUCCUAACUUCAACUGAUUUUACAUUUGUGUUUAAGUGUCUUCACUUUUUAGGUUUGAAAUCCAAGAGGUUAGGAUCCUUCAUUUCUUAGGGGUUUUGCCAGUUUGCUGCACAGGUUAGCAUUACAUCUCUCCAGUCAUUCACUGGAUCAAUAGUGAACUUUUACGUUUAGGGAUAGGCCUGGAUUUUGACACGUCUUAGUCCUUAAAUUCUGAAUUCUGAAGUAAAAAGCAGCCAGUACAGUGCAGAGUUCACAUCUUUCAAAGACUGCAAACACAGAGCAACUUGUACUGUGUUGUAAUGUCACCUGAAACAGUGGUUAGCACUUAGCUUAGCUCUCCUUGUGUUCCUGUUGAGAUAUAGUAGGCUAAGCUUUUUGGCUGAAAUCACUAUAGCUGCAGAACCAUAAAUAUUCAAUUGAAUAUACUGUAUAUUCAUUUGAAUAAAGCCCUGUGCUGGGUUUCCUUUGGAGAUGCUUUGGCUUUACGCUUGCAUGUUCUGGAAUCAUCCAACUUGUAUAGAUUCUUUUCAAAAGCUAUACUUUGUGAUGGCAAGUCCUCCGUUGGAUCCUAACAACCACAGGAACUUUUUCAAAGGUCUCAAAACACAGUCAGGUAGAACGGUUCCAGCCAGAGUUUAGCACGCUGUGAGGAACACUGACAGCAGAGGCACCAGUUCAGUGCUCCUCUGAUCAAAACCUCUGCAGUAUCAUCACUCUGCAAUAUAUGACUUCAGAGCUAAACUUCAGAGCACAACCUCGUUGUAUUAUUCUACAACAGUCAUCCAUCAGCAGUUCAACUUCUCUGCUGUCUAUCCGUGUAGAUUCAAAUAUAUUUUUGACAGGGUAUGUUCCAACAACAAAUGAAUUAUUAAUAAGGGUUCUGAAUGUCACCCCCUCAGCUGUGUGUCAGAUGCGGCUGUAUGAGUGGAUAAAGGUUGCUGGUUUGAUGCUUCCUGUCUGUGUUCAUGUGAUGCUCGUGUCGUGCUAAACGUGUACAGAAAGUGACACGAGGAGAUCCCCGCUGCAGAGAUAUGUUCAGGCUACACAACAAUCAGAUCUUCUGAAAUAAGGAAUCAGAAAGGAAAUGACUGCAAGCAUCAUCCCACACCUCUGAGCCACUGUCUCUGAGCAAUGAAUGCAGUGAUGCAGCCAAACAUCAGCUGAGAUAUAACGGAGUACUGUCAGAGUCCAGAUGCCUUUCUUUCAGCUUGUACUCAACGGAUACUUUAGGUUUGAUUUCAUAGAGCUUGUGCUUCUUGUUUUCACUGUGACUGUUCUCUGAUUGUAAUGCUGCUGUCAUCUUAUAUUAAAACAUGAGAAGGUC